UCGCCCGCCCCCCGGUAGGCGGGGCUGCGCUCUCCCCGCAGCCGCCGCCGCAGCCGCCGCCUGGGCCGCCCCGUGUCCCCGGUGGAGCCGCCGCCGCCGCCGCCGGGAGCUCGAUGCGGACGGAGCCCGGGCCGGGCCAUGGGGAUCCUCAGCAUCACGGACCAGCCGCCCCUGGUCCAGGCCAUCUUUAGCCGAGAUGUGGAGGAAGUGCGUUCCCUCCUCUCGCAGAAGGAGAACAUCAAUGUGCUGGACCAAGAGAGGCGAACCCCACUGCAUGCUGCUGCCUACGUAGGCGAUGUCCCCAUCCUCCAGUUGCUACUGAUGUCAGGUGCUAACGUCAAUGCUAAGGAUACACUGUGGCUGACCCCUCUUCAUCGUGCUGCUGCCUCCCGAAACGAGAAGGUGCUGGGGCUGCUGCUGGCACAUUCAGCAGAUGUGAACGCCCGAGACAAGCUGUGGCAGACACCACUGCAUGUGGCUGCCGCCAACCGGGCCACCAAGUGUGCCGAGGCUCUGGCACCCUUGUUGAGCAGCCUCAACGUGGCUGACAGGAGUGGGCGCAGUGCGCUGCACCAUGCAGUGCAUAGUGGACAUCUUGAGACGGUGAACCUGCUCCUCAACAAGGGAGCCAGCCUGAACGUCUGUGACAAAAAGGAACGGCAGCCCCUGCACUGGGCCGCUUUUCUAGGGCACUUGGAGGUCCUGAAACUGCUGGUGGCGCGGGGAGCAGACCUGGGCUGUAAGGACCGCAAGGGCUACGGGCUGCUCCACACGGCCGCUGCCAGUGGCCAGGUCGAAGUGGUGAAGUACCUGCUCCGGAUGGGGGCUGAGAUCGAUGAGCCCAACGCUUUUGGAAACACAGCUUUGCACAUCGCCUGCUACCUGGGCCAGGAUGCUGUGGCCAUUGAGCUGGUGAAUGCAGGCGCCAAUGUCAACCAGCCGAAUGACAAGGGCUUCACGCCGCUGCACGUGGCUGCCGUCUCCACCAAUGGAGCACUUUGUUUGGAGCUGCUGGUCAAUAAUGGGGCUGAUGUCAACUACCAGAGCAAAGAAGGGAAGAGUCCUCUGCACAUGGCUGCAAUCCAUGGCCGCUUCACGCGCUCCCAGAUCCUCAUCCAGAAUGGCAGCGAGAUUGAUUGUGCCGACAAGUUUGGGAACACGCCCCUGCACGUGGCUGCUCGCUACGGACACGAGCUGCUCAUCAGCACCCUCAUGACCAAUGGCGCGGAUACCGCCCGGCGCGGCAUCCAUGACAUGUUCCCCCUGCACUUAGCUGUCCUCUUUGGGUUCUCUGACUGUUGCCGCAAGCUUCUUUCCUCAGGUCAGCUGUACAGCAUUGUAUCUUCACUCAGCAACGAGCACGUGCUCUCGGCUGGGUUUGACAUCAACACACCUGACAACCUUGGCCGUACCUGUCUUCAUGCUGCUGCUUCUGGAGGGAAUGUUGAAUGUCUUAAUUUGCUGUUGAGCAGUGGAGCUGACUUGAGGAGGAGAGAUAAGUUUGGAAGGACCCCACUGCACUAUGCAGCCGCCAACGGCAGCUACCAGUGCGCAGUGACGCUGGUGACGGCCGGGGCCGGCGUCAACGAGGCUGACUGUAAAGGCUGCUCCCCGCUCCACUAUGCUGCCGCCUCCGACACCUAUAGGAGAGCGGAAGCCCACACAGCUUCCAGCCACGACGCUGAGGAGGACGAGCCACUGAAGGAGUCCCGCAGGAAGGAGGCCUUCUUCUGUCUGGAAUUCUUACUGGAUAAUGGUGCAGACCCCUCCCUGCGGGACAGGCAGGGCUACACAGCUGUGCACUAUGCAGCCGCCUACGGCAACAGACAGAACCUCGAACUGCUCUUAGAAAUGUCCUUUAACUGCCUGGAGGAUGUGGAGAGCACCAUUCCAGUCAGCCCUUUGCACUUAGCUGCCUAUAACGGUCACUGUGAAGCCCUGAAGACGCUGGCGGAGACGCUGGUGAACCUGGAUGUAAGGGACCACAAAGGCCGGACCGCGCUCUUCCUGGCCACUGAGCGAGGCUCUACUGAGUGUGUGGAGGUACUCACGGCCCACGGUGCCUCCGCCCUCAUCAAGGAGCGUAAGCGCAAGUGGACGCCCCUGCACGCUGCUGCUGCCUCUGGCCACACUGACUCCCUGCACUUGCUGAUUGACAGUGGGGAGCGAGCUGACAUCACUGAUGUCAUGGAUGCCUAUGGACAAACCCCACUGAUGCUGGCCAUCAUGAAUGGCCACGUGGACUGUGUACAUCUGCUGCUAGAGAAAGGAUCCACAGCCGAUGCUGCUGACCUCCGGGGCCGCACUGCCCUCCACCGUGGGGCAGUGACUGGCUGUGAGGACUGCCUGGCUGCCCUGCUGGACCACGAUGCGUUUGUGCUCUGCCGAGACUUUAAGGGCCGCACGCCCAUUCACCUGGCCUCAGCCUGUGGCCACACAGCAGUCCUGCGGACACUACUGCAGGCUGCCCUGUCCACAGACCCCCUGGAUGCUGGGGUGGAUUACAGCGGAUACUCGCCCAUGCACUGGGCCUCCUACACUGGACAUGAAGAUUGUCUGGAGUUGUUACUUGAACACAGCCCAUUUUCGUACCUGGAAGGAAACCCCUUCACUCCUUUGCACUGUGCAGUAAUUAAUAACCAGGACAGCACCACAGAGAUGCUGCUGGGAGCUCUGGGUGCCAAGAUUGUGAACAGCCGAGAUGCCAAAGGACGGACCCCCCUUCACGCCGCUGCCUUCGCAGACAAUGUCUCUGGGCUCCGGAUGCUGCUGCAGCAUCAAGCCGAGGUGAACGCCACGGACCACAGUGGCCGCACUGCACUCAUGACGGCGGCGGAGAAUGGGCAGACUGCUGCCGUGGAAUUUCUGCUGUAUCGAGGGAAGGCAGACCUCACUGUGCUGGAUGAGAAUAAGAACACUGCCCUCCACUUGGCUUGUAGCAAGGGCCAUGAGAAAUGUGCCCUCAUGAUCCUGGCAGAGACCCAAGACCUUGGCCUUAUCAAUGCUACUAACAGUGCACUGCAGAUGCCACUCCACAUUGCUGCCCGGAACGGUCUAGCUUCCGUGGUGCAGGCCCUGCUGAGCCGUGGGGCCACAGUGCUGGCUGUGGAUGAAGAAGGUCACACCCCGGCCCUGGCCUGUGCCCCUAACAAAGACGUGGCAGACUGCCUGGCCUUGAUCCUUUCCACCAUGAAGCCUUUCCCGCCCAAGGACGCCGUCAGUCCUUUCAGCUUCAGCCUGCUCAAGAACUGCGGCAUCGCAGCCGCCAAGACGGUGGGUGGCUGCGGCGCCCUGCCCCACGGGGCCUCGUGCCCCUACAGCCAGGAGCGGCACGGUGCCAUCGGGCUAGAUGGCUGCUACUCUGAGUAGCCCCUCCAGAAUCCCUCUCCCUGCCGGUGGCUUGAUAUCUUAUUCUAUUUAUUUAGAAAAAGUCUAAACAUUUAGGGCACUUUAAAGGAGAACACGACUGGGUUGGGGGGCGGAGGGGAACAUGAAGCACUGGGGAGCAGCUGCUCACCCCUUUGCCGCACCACUGGCCUGGCAGGGGUCUGGGGCUGACAGGGAGCACCCCAGGCCACCCCUCUGCCAAGUGUCCCAAAAUGAUUGCUGAAUGCCUGGCUUCCCCUCUCUUUGACUCCAUCUCAGCUCCCUCUUUCUGCUGCCAGCUGCUCCCCCUCUUCCCUUGGACUCUCCCCCUCUGCACCCCCUUGCCCUGCCCUUACUGCCAGGCAGAUCCCCCCUCCUCUUCCAUUCCCAUCACUGCCUCCCUGCUUGGCUGGCCCCUCCAUCCCCGCAGCAGUGAGAAGCCUUAAUUUCUGGUACUGUGUGAGCACUCUGGGGGCGCCCCCUCCCCCUUCAGGGGCAGCUAGAGAAUGAGGGGGGAGGGUAUUUAGCACUGGGGCCUGGAGCUUUUCCCCCACUUCUGUACCUAUCGCCCCUAAAGUUCAAAUGCAAAACACUUGAAGCAGCGACUACUGUACCUGGGCCCCAAAUCCUGCACUCUUCCCCCGGCUCCUCAUAUGCAAAUCAAGGGCUGGUUCUGCCCCCACAGCCUGCCCCGCCCCCUCCCAUUCCUGGCCUGGCCCCCUAACCACGCACUUUAACCUUGCUUCUUUCUUUUUCUUUUGGGAGAGCAGAGCCUGUGGCCCUCCCCUCCCUGGCUCUCCUCUCCCUGAACUUUGAGGCUUGUCAUGAAUUUUUAAGUAAGCAUUUUGUCCUUUAGGGGAAGAAACAAAAUUAAUUUCCUGCCCAUUUCAAAACCAUAGCCCUAGUACGUCCUACCUGUUUCAGGCAUGUGUUUGCAUGUGUGGAGGGAGGGACUGUGUUCUUCCUCCUGUGCCCCCAUCCCAUAGUUCCUCCAACCCCCCUGUUUGCCUCCACCUUCCGUUAUGUCCGAGAGUCCCCACCGCCCCCAGUCACUCCUGAUCUGAAGCCAAAGAUGGUGGGAGGGGCAGGGCAGACCAGGGACGUGGCUGCUCGGGACCCAGGCUCUUCCUCUGGGGUGAGGAUGCAGCACUGACCUGGGGAGCAGCGAACAGACACUGAGGCUUGGUCCCUGCCUUCCCAGCAGCUGGGAGAGAAGGGGUUGAGCUCGGGGCUGCACUGAUAAGAUUCCUAAAAGUUGCAUCCCCAAAGCCAAACUGGGCUGGAAUGAGGAGGGGGCAGUUUUCUCUCUAAAUGUAGCAUUGAAUUUGGCCCUGGUCCCUUCGGAUGCCCUGUCCAUCCAUCUCCUAGUCAAGCCGCCUGGACAGUUGGACCUGCUCCUGUCGCCCAGUGUUCCCUUCCUCACACUCAAUACCUCAGCCAGGGACCAAGACCCAGAACUUGAAUCGAGGUCAUGCCCCGCCCACAGUGCGUCUUCGCCCGGUUUGGCUGUUGUCAGUAUUGCCCACCCCACCCACCCCCCGCCCAGAGAACUGGACAGGCUUCGUUUACACAGCGCGGGGCUCCCCGCGGCCUCCCUCCCCAACUCCAACUCGCUUUAUUUACGAUCUUAGCCAUUUUCCACUUGUGUCCCCUGAAUGUCUUGCCACCCUUGCCAGGGGUGGGCUGGGGGCGGGACGGGCAUCCCCAGGACUCCCCCGCUCCCCAGCAGACGCCCUCAACCAUACCUCAUGCUGGUUGCCGAAGCCUGGGGUGUCUGUCUGGGUCCUUAUUCACUCAUGGCCCCUUUUCAUCCCUGUCUCUCUGUCUUGCUUCCCAACCCUCCGUUCCUAAACCAUUUCAAGGCUUCCAAAUGACCAUUAUUGGUGAGAAGGAUUGUGCAGCUUUUAGUUUUCAGUUUUGUUUUCAAAGCCAAAGGGCCUUGCGAUGCCCCCUCUUGCCCACCCCCCACUCACACCCUGUCCCCCCCUCUACGACAAUCAAUGUGACCUCUCUUAAGGGCUGCAGCCCCCACCCCCACCCUGCUGGUUCUGCAAAGCUUGUCCCCCAACUUCAAUUCUCUCUCCUCGGAUCUUCCCAUUCCACCCCCUCUCAUCUUGGUGCUGGGAACUAGGUGGGGGGCGGGGGUGGGAGGAAGGGGAGUGGGAGAAGGGUCCUCUUCCGGGCCAAGACUCCCGGGUGUCAGUCGUGUUCUCCUUUGUCACUGCUUGGCGAUGACAGGAAAAAUCGGAGUGCUUGUCAGGAGCCCCCUUGUUUGCUAGGUGAGAUUUCGGGGAGCUCUCUGCUCCCUGCCGCCUCCUUGGCACUCUGUCGGCAGUGCUUGGGGAGGCUGUGGGGCGUCCCUGGGCCCUUGUCAUGUGACCGUGAGGGGGCCUGGGGGCGAGUGGCCUCCUCUCCAUAUGCCAAAGGAAAUCCCACCCCACCCCACCCCCGGGCUCCUCAGCCCCUAGUGUCUUUUGAAGCAUUUUGACCAUUCUCAUGGCCACUGCAUAUUUAUUUUAAUGUUACGAUUUUUUUUAAUCUCUGACUUAAAUGGGUGUGGAGAAGUAAAACAGGCAGAAUGCCCCCCAAUCUGCAGGGGGAGGGUGGGGAGGGAGCCUCUCCCUACUUCAGCCUCCCUCUGCCCCUCCCCCCGCAGCUCUAAAGCACUUGCUUCAAGGAAUAAGCACUUUUGUGGAAAGGCCUGUUUUGAGUGAGGAGCCUGGGAGCAGCCCCAGGUCCCUGCAAAGGAGACAGAGCGAGGGCUACAUAGGAGACAGGGAAACAGAGGUGUGAAUCAGAGGGCGAGACAAAAAGAGCCAGUUUUUAGUUUCUGACUUUUGGGGGGAUGUCUCUGCAUGGGCGGUGGCUUUGCUAGGGUUGUGUUCUAUCCUUCAGAAAAACAAAAAGGCACAAACUGUGGGUCCUGGGAUGGACCAACAGACCCAGGUCACUGCCACUGUCCAGCUGAGACUGAUGGGCCACCUCCCCCGCCCGUGGCCCGCUGAGCCAUAGGACUGCUGAAAACCACUGAAUGUACAGCCCAGGGCGGGGAGGGGGGGGUACAGCUGGGGUGGGGGGGCUUCUCCUUUGUUUGGUGCUGUGGGGGGUGGGAGAGUUGAUAGAGGGACUGCCACCCCACGACCCCACUAGACUUGUGUUCCCCGGGGUGGAGGGGCUGAGGGGGGUCUCCCUCCCUCUCCAGCCCCAGCCAUGCCCCUCUUCCUUCCUCACCCCUGUCCGUCUUGACUGUAAGUCCAGCUCACCUUUGCCUUCAAUAUGUAACCAAAGGAAAACUCAAUACUGUUUCCACCGCUGUCACCCGCCCACUGCCCACUGAGCACCUUCCUGCUCCCUGGACUGGAAGGGGAGAAGAGGCUGGGGGUAGGGUGGGCGAGGCCAGAGUGAACGGUUCUACAGCUGUAAUCCCCAAACCUCCUCCGGGGCCUGGAGAGAUGGGCUUGGGGCCAGGCUGGCAGGACUUGGAGUGGGCACACUCUGUAUCUUAUGCACUGAGUGUUUCUUCGUCCUAAUGGCUCCAGUGACUGGACUCCAGCGGAGGGGCCUCUUCCUCCUUCCCCUCAGCCACUUCUCACCCCCUCCCUACGCCCAGUGUUCAUCCCCACCUCCCCUUCCAACCGCAAAGGAAAAUAGCCUUACAGACCCUAGCCCGGAAACCCUACUCCUGGGGCCAGCCAGUGCGGCCCCAUCCCACCUAGCUUGAAACCCUACCUUUUAAGGAGGGCCAGGAGCAAAGCAGCCCCUUCCCCUCUAAUCGUGGUGGCUCCUGCCCUCCUUGGCCUUGCCCUAAGUUGGGCAGGGGCAGAGGUAAGGAAUCUUUGAGGACCAAGCCCCAUGGUCUGGGAAGAGGGAGGUGGAGAGGAAAGGCUCUGACGUGGGGACUCCCUCCUCCCGACCCAACCCCUAGAGUAGCGACCAAAUGCAGAGACGGGAGGAAGCCGGGGUGGGGAGGUCUGCUCUCUGAAUUACUUGAAGGUACUGACUCCGAGGCUGCUGUUGCCCACUUAGGUGUGAGGGGGACACUGUCACUGCAUUUGGGAGGGCAGAUGGUGGCGGGUGACAUAGGAUCUGCCCCUGGCCCUUUCCCUGGGGAACCCAGAAGCCUGAGUUUGCCCCCAGGGAAGUUGGGGAGAGCCUUCCCUCCCAUCUCCAUCCCUCACUCUGGGCACCCUCUCCAAUUGCACUAAAGUAGCUGUUGUGCCAGUCUUACCCCCAUGCCGGAGGGGGGGGUCCUCUGCUUCCAGUCCCCCCUCCCCCCACCUCCGCUCCCAUCCCGGACAAUCUCCUUGUUCCCUUCGUAUUCUUGGAUAACUCAGCUUUGUAUGUGUGUGUUAGGGGGUGGGGUGGGUUCCAGCUGGAGUGGGUUUGGCAGGGGUUCGGGAAGGGCUAAAGGAAAGAUGGAGGAUGAAGUCUCCUGCCCCCUUCCCCAGCUCCAAGCUCCAGAAGCCUGGCGGGGAGGUGCCUACUCUCGCUGCCGUGUGUCUUGCAGAUGUGCCAAAAUUGGGGGGGAUGGGAAGGGGGUGCCUGGCAGAGCAGCCCCCAGGGUGGCUCUCUCAAAGCAAUACAGUUCCCCUGCCUAGGGGAUGGCAAGACAGGGGAGAGGGUUGGGGGGGACCUGGGGGGGUCCCCAUGUACAGCUGUGUAUAUUCAGGGGUGUUCUCUGUCUGGUACCCGCUGUGGGCAUCUAUGUGUGUGUGAACCUCCCCUUCCCCACGCCCUGCAUGACCUGUGAUGCUGCAGACACCACCGUCCUGUGUGCAGGUGUGUGCUGGGGGCACAGAGGGGCACGCUCGUGUCCUGCCGCACCCUCCACCUGUGACCCAUGUACUCGGUUGUAGGAAGUAAAGAGAACUGAGCACAAGUCACUGGUUCUAGUUGAAUCUUUCUAAGCAAUGUUGUUCCCACUCCUGCCCUUAUCCCUGCCCCGGAUCCACCUGUGGUGCUAGUGCUGGGGUCGGGGGUGUUGAAUGCUGGUGGGCAGCAAUAAAGGGCAGAUCUGCCCAGAUGCCUGCAGCCCCAGGGUGCUGAGGACAGCAGGAACAAGUGGGGACCUCGGUGCAUUCGCCCCUCCUCUCCCCCUCCUCCCUGGGCUAAAGCACAAUGCUCUCCCGCAGACUGAUGUACCCUGCACCCUCCAGGCCCCUGCUCAUGUCCUCCCCUAACCUGCUUCAAGCCCUCCCACCACAACCUGGUUUUCUAUGCUGUUUUGGUGCAAGUACAACUGUCGUAGUCAUGGCUUUGGGAUGGGUUCUGUUUAUUAAAAUCCUGUUGCUCCUACUG